CCGCCAUUGCAACGCCACACUGUAUCACCAUUUCUGUCAGUUUGCUCAAAUUCAGAAAGUGAUUGAGGGGAUUAAUCAGCAUAGCAACUUGGUCAUAAGCUGAUAUUGUUGUAAUUCAAUCUUCCUUGUUAGACGACGCGUGAUGGUCUUGGAUUUUUAGAAAGAGAUAGCCCUCAUGAUGGCCACAACAGCAGUUAUUGGACUGAGUGCAGGAAAAAGACUCUUGAGUUCUUCCUUCUAUUAUUCUGAUCUUAAUGAAAAGCUAUCUUGUAGCAGUGAUCAUAGUUUGCCCUGCCAUCAGGUUCCUUCUGUUAAAAAUGUGAUCACCGCUAAGAAGUCAUCCGAUUAUAGCCCCAGUUGUGUAUCCAGUCGAAAACUACAAUCUGUCAAGGCUCUUAAAGAGCAUGUAGACAUUGCAUCCGACCCUUCUGAUGUGCAGUCCUGGUUUGAAAGGUUCGAACAAUUGCAAAUUGAAAGUGAUGACGAGGAUGAUGAUUCGGUGGAGGCUUUCCUCUUGCUGCAGAAGUCCAUGCUUGAAAAGCAGUGGAAUCUUUCUGCUGAAGAGACAUUGACUGCUUCUCCACAACAUGAAAAGAAUUGUAAGAAGUUGCAUAUUACUUGCUCAGGGACGUCUGCUAGGCGGAGGAGAAUGGAUUCUCGACAAAGAGUUCUUGGUCCAAAAAGUUCAGCUACACCUAUCAGUGCAACCAAGCCGCUGAGAUCAAUAAUUGGUCCAGAGCUACUUCAAAAUCGUUUAAAAGGUUAUGUUAAGGGUGUAGUAAGUGAAGAGCUGCUCACACACACUGAAGUGCUUCAACUAUCCAAAAAGAUUCAAGUUGGUCUUCAUGUGGAAGAGCAAAAAUCAAGGCUGAAGGAAAGACUGGGAUGCGAACCUUCUGAUGAUCAACUUGCUCUUUCCUUGAAAAUGUCCCGUAUUGAUUUACAAUCUACAUUGAUCGAGUGUUCCUUGGCAAGAGAAAGGCUUUCAAUGAGCAAUGUUCGUCUUGUCAUGUCAAUCGCUCAAAGAUAUGAUAACAUGGGUGCUGAAAUGGCUGAUCUCAUUCAGGGAGGCCUUAUUGGACUACUUCGUGGGAUAGAGAAAUUCGAUCCCUCUAAAGGAUACAAAAUCUCAACUUAUGUUUAUUGGUGGAUUCGCCAGGGUGUCUCCAGAACCCUGGUUGAAAAUUCAAGAACCUUAAGAUUGCCAACACAUCUGCAUGAAAGACUUGGUCUAAUCCGUAAUGCAAAGAUGAGGCUUGAAGAGAAGGGAAUAACUCCAUCUGUAAAUAAUAUAGCUGCAUCCCUAAAUAUGUCCCAGAAGAAAGUCAGGAAUGCAACUGAGGCAAGCAGCAAGGUGUAUUCACUUGACAGGGAAGUGUUUCCCUCUUUAAAUGGUCUGCCCGGAGCAACUCUCCAUAGUUUCAUUGCUGAUAACCACCUGGAGAACAACCCAUGGCACGGUGUUGAUAUAUGGGCACUCAAGGAUGAAGUAAACAACCUCAUUUCAUCAUCUCUUAGGGAACGGGAGAGAGAGAUUAUCCGACUGUACUAUGGUCUGGACAGUGAAUGUCUCACGUGGGAGGAUAUUAGUAAAAGGAUAGGCUUGUCCAGAGAGAGGGUCAGGCAGGUGGGAUUAGUUGCACUUGAGAAACUAAAACAUGCUGCAAGGAAAAGGCGACUAGACGCAAUGUUGAUCAAACAGUAAUUUGGAGCAUUUGCAGCGACUAUAAUACAAUUUUACUGUACAUAUAAUGUGAGAAUCUUGCAUCUCCGACUUAUUUUUAUGAGGAGAACGUACAGAUAAAGACCCCGACACAUUAUUGACCACCCCGAAAUCAAAGCCCCCAAAUA